AUGCUACUGGAUCCUGCACCUAUGGAUGUAAGAAUGGAUUUUAUUCAGAAAAAUGUGAGAAGAGAUGUAGUGCGUCGUGUCCAUCGGCUUGCAACAGGAAAUCCGGGCAAUGCGAGGGUCCCUGUCCAAAUGGUAUGUAUGGUCAUCAUUGCAAUUUCACCUGCAAUCGAACCUGCAAAAAUGGAUGCCGUAAAAUCGAUGGUUUAUGUACUUCUGGAUGCAUUGACGGGAAAUUUGGAGCCGACUGUCUCAAGACUUGUGGUGCUGGGUGUAUUUCUGGGUGUAACCAACUCGAUGGGAAUUGUUUUUGCAAAGAAGGCUGGCAAGGUCAAAACUGUAACGGUGUGUGGUGUAAAUUGUAAAAGACAAACGUGUGACAAUGCUACUGGAUCCUGCACCUAUGGAUGUAAGAAUGGAUUUUAUUCAGAAAAAUGUGAGAAGAGAUGUAGUGCGUCGUGUCCAUCGGCUUGCAACAGAAAAUCCGGGCAAUGCGAGGGUCCCUGUCCAAAUGGUAUGUAUGGUCAUCAUUGCAAUUUCACCUGCAAUCGAACCUGCAAAAAUGGAUGCCGUAAAAUCGAUGGUUUAUGUACUUCUGGAUGCAUUGACGGGAAAUUUGGAGCCGACUGUCUCAAGACUUGUGGUGCUGGGUGUAUUUCUGGGUGUAACCAACUCGAUGGGAAUUGUUUUUGCAAAGAAGGCUGGCAAGGUCAAAACUGUAACGAAUGUAGUCAAACACAUCAUGGACAAGAAUGUGAAAAGCAAUGUAGUCCAACCUGUUUAAAUGGAACGUGUUUCUCAAACAAUGGGUCGUGUAAAGAUGUCUUCGAUAGCAAUGUUAAUAAUGACAAAACUAGUCCAGCAAUCAACCAGACGUCUGCAAGCAUUACAAACACAGAAGUUUAUCCAGUUUUGUACGGUGUAAUUACUGUUCUAAUCAUGAGCGUUAUUCUCAAUAUAUUUUUGAUUGUGAGAAAUAUCAGAAAUAAUAAUAGACCAGCCUUAAACAGGGAUCAUAAUCACGCCAAUUCAACAAUAAAUGCAAGCUCCACUAUUCAUGAAAGAACAGAAGAUGACACCAACUAUGAAGAACUUGGACAAUCCAGUGAACCUCCUCUUUAUGAGGAACUCAAAUGUAUUUAA